AUGGCAUCCCUGAGGCUCGCAGCAAUGGUCUCCGUGGUCUGCGCCCUGGCGCCGGCGCCUAGAUCACCGGUGCGAAGGCGGCCGGUCGCGCGUGCGAUCGAUGAUUACGUAAUGGACGCGGUCCGCGCGAUCCAAGAUGCCGCGGACGUCGCGGCACCUCUCGUCAAGUCGGGCGUCGACGCGGCGGCGCCUAUCGUCAAGGCAGGCGCCGACGCUGCGGCGCCGGUGGUCAAACAGGGUCUCUCGAAGACGGCCGAGGCGGCGGCCAGCGGAUUGUCGGCGGCCGAGCGGGCGGCGUUGACCGAGGAGCAGAUCAGACAGCUCGCCAAAGCUGGGCAGGUCGCGGGACAGGUCGGCGACGUUGCGGGUUUCGUGGGUCGCGGCGCCCUCAAAGCUGGCAAAGGCGUCGUCGACGCGGCCGUGCCGUACGUUGAGCCUUCUGCGCGGCUCGUCGGGCGCGCCGCAAACGAUCUGUUGGACAAACAAUCGCUGAGCGAAGGGACGCGCGCCGCCCUGGCGGAGAGCGGACGCGGUGCUGAGCAAGCGGCUGCCCGCGGCGUUGGGUCACUACUCCGCGGCGCAGCGAAGGUGCUCGACGGUGGCGGAGACGUUGCGCCGCCCGCACCACGAAGCGGCGCGGCGAACGUCGCCGACGCGUUCGGCUCAUCGCUAGGUCGCGCCCUUGCUCCCUAUGCCGCCGGCCUCGCGGUGUUGGCUGUGGCGCUCGCGGCACUCCGCGAACUGUUCGCUCCCGUGGAGAAGGUCGCGCGGCAGGCGCUCUCGCUCGCUUUGCUUGCGGCCGUCGUCGCGUUCUGCGUCGACCACUGGGACGCGGUAUACGGGAGCUUCCAGGUCGUGUCGGGAGAGAAGCCCCUGUUCGCGUGGCCGUUUUGA